AUGGAUAGCUCAAGAACUAUGCCAUCUCAAUCUGAUCAAAGCCCUUUUAAAAACCACAACUCAAUACCAAUUGGAAAAGAAAACUUUUAUGAAGAUAGUGAGAAAAGAAGCAAGAAGCUGACAAAAAGAGGAAACAACAACAAUGGUGGAAGAUAUCUUGGGGUGAGACAAAGGCCGUCGGGUAGAUGGGUAGCUGAGAUCAAGGACUCUUCGCAGAAGCUGAGGCUAUGGCUAGGGACUUUUGAUAGAGCAGAAGAGGCUGCCUUGGCUUAUGAUAUCGCAGCCAGGCUUUUGCGAGGAAGGAAUGCAAAGACUAACUUCCAGCAUCAUGGGGUAACCAAUACCUAUGAAGAAAACUGCAAUCUACUUGGAAAGAAUCCAAGGCUUUAUCAACUUCUUCAGCUAACAAUCAUGAAGAACCAUGCAAGAUCAACAACCAUUAAUGGAGUUCCUUGGAUAAAUCAAAAUAUAGGAAACAAAGUCGACCCUGUGGAUUUUGAUACGCUUGUUGAAGAAACUAUAUUUUGUUCUUCAACUUCAGAUCAUUGUGAUGAGGGUAGUGAUAACAAGCUUUGCCAUCUCUCACUAGGCAGUUCUAAGGUUUAUUCUUCUGUUGUUGUAGCUCCUUCCUUUUGUGCUUCUUUAGAUCAAGGAGGAGCAGGGGAUAAAACUUGUCAAGAUGCCUAAUAACUUGAAUCACGGGUUUUUUUUUCCCCUUGUUUUCAUGCAAAUCAGUUGAAAAAUAGCUUGUUUGAAAGAAGACUGUCAUUUGUAAAUUUAUGCUGUUUAGCAUUCAAUGUUUGAUUAGUAGUUGUAGGGAUCAAAUGAGGAGAAGAGGAAAAUAAAUCUAUGAAGAUGACUUCAGAAUAUGUAACUACAUGAAUCAGUAUUGUUUCUUAAUUUCAUGCAAAUGAUGAAUUGAGGAUUGGUUUUAUUGUGCAAAAACAAGAGUACUUUUGCAUAUGUAAAUUUGUGACUUGCCCCAUUUCAUUGUUUAAUUCGCAGCUCUACGCUCCACCACCUCAUCAGAUGUUUUCUUCAAUAUCUCAAUGAUUUAGCACAUAAUCAC